AUGUUUUUUGGUAAGCCUGCUAUAAUCAAAGCUUGGAAUGCUAAUUUUGAUUUUCACUCUGAGAUUUUAAGAUCCAUUCCUAUUUGGGUGAAAUUGCCUAAUUUGCCUUUGAAUUGCUGGAGUGUUAACACUCUUAGUAGAAUUGGGAGUACUCUUGAAGGGGAGGUAAUUGAGCUCAAGGAUCAGUUUGAAUGGCAUCCACCCUUUUGUAAAGGGUGUAAUAGAGUUGGGCAUGAUUGUUCUGCUUCUAAAAACCAAGUUAAGCCCCAACAACAAGGAGAUGGGAGUAACCAGCCUAAUCAGGUUCAUGCUCAGAAGAAAGCCUGGGUCCCAAAACAAGUUAACCCUGUUCCUGCUACUGAGUCAGUUGCUAUGGCAGCUGUCAAUGAGAUCACUCCAGAGCCCCACGUUCAAAAACCAAAGGAGUGGCAGGACAGGAAACAGCUAUGGUCUGGUCUUAAGGAGCUUAUUGUUUCUAUUACUCCUUGGUUGUGUAUAGGUGAUUUUAACUCCAUUCUGGGUGCUCCUGAUAGGUUGAAUGGGGCUGCAUUCACUGAUUAUGAAACUAGGGAUUUUCAGCAGUGUAUUGAUGAGUUGGCCCUAGUUGAAAUAAAGAGCAAGGGUGCUUCUUAUUCUUGGAGCAACAAGGCGCAUUCUGGUCCUAGAACUUGCUCAAGGAUUGAUAGGGGCUUAGUUAACCAAGAAUGGCUUAACCUGUAUGGGCAUGUGGAAGCUAUUUUUCUUCCCCCUCCCCAUUCUGAUCACAGCCCUAUAGCCUUGGAUAUUCUUCCUUCUCAGUCUGGGAAAGGAAGACCUUUUAGAUAUCUUAACUGUCUAGCUGACCAUGACAAUUUCCUGAGUUCAGUUGCAACUGCUUGGCAAGCUCUCAUCUCUGGGUCUGCUAUGAGUACAGUUUGGCACAAGUUGAAACGAGUGAAAAGUGCUCUGAAGAGCUUGAACACACAAAAGUUUGGUGAUGUUAAUGCUAAGGUUGAAGCUGCUCAUAACCUCCUUAUCUCUAUUCAGCAUCAAAUUUCUGAAGAUGUGACCAAUACAGAGCUUCAGGUUAAGGAAUUGGAAGCUAUUGAGGCUGUAAAGAAAUGGGUGGGGAUCCAAGAAAGCAUUUACAAACAGAAAUCAAGGGUUGACUGGUUGCAACUAGGUGAUGGGAACAAUAAAUAUUUCUUUUCUGUUAUGAAGCACAGGCAAAGUAGAAAUAGGAUUGAUUCCUUAUAUACUGAUCAGGACAUCCUUCUCCGAACCCCUGCUGAUAUUGAAGAGGAGCUUACAGGAUUCUAUAAAAAUAUUCUUAGCUCUAAAGCUAUAUCUCUUCCCUGCAUGAUCUCAGUAUAA